CUGCCAGCAGAUAACUGAUUACUCCAUCUUUUAUUUUUUAAUGUUUGUUUUCAGGGAUGGCUGCCGCUUCCUCCGCACCAAACCGGACAUCAUUACUGCCCUGUUUGCUCUGACCUCUGACCCCUCCAUUGCUAUUGCGAAAGACUGUUACUUCACCCUCAUCAACCUGUCUGCUGACGAGACUCUGCACCAGGUUUUGUUAACAGAUAUCAAAGUUCUUCAGGUGAUGAUGAAGAAGGUUCUGGAUCCUGAGUUUGUGUUUUCAGAUCAGAUCUGCAGCAUCCUGUCCAACCUGACCCGCCAUCUGAAGACCUGCAAGAUCAUGUUCAAG